AUGACCACUAAUCAUUCACAAGAUUCAUCAAUUUCGGGACAGUAUGUGGUCCCUGGAACGAGAAUUGCUCAGACCGAUAAUUACCUGCCGGGAAAAGGAACAUAUGUUAGAGAUAAUCGGAUACAUGCAAGUCUUGUUGGACGAGUUUUUAUAUCCAAAGAGAAUAUUGUUGAUGAUGAUUUUGAACGCUCCGGGUUAUCAUCACCACAAAUGAAAAGCGCUUCAUCACUUCAAAAAGAAGUCUCCAAUUUACCUUUUAUUCAUGUUAUUCAAGAAAACAAACAGGAAACAAUUGUUCCGAAUAUUGGAUCUAUUGUCAUUGCGAAAGUGAUUAAAACGACAAAGGCUUUUGCAAAAGUGGAUAUUUUGUGUGUGGAUGGUAAGCCUGUCAUCAAGUCAGGCUCCGCUAUUAGUGGGCUUCUUCGAGUGCAAGAUAUUCGAGCAACAGAAGUGGACAAAGUAAUUCUUUAUGAUUGUUUGAGGCCCGGAGACGUCAUCAAAGCAGAAGUCAUUUCAUUAGGCGAUUCUAGAAGUUAUUACAUUUCUACUGCUAGAAAUGAAUUAGGUGUAGUUUAUGCUACCAGUAGUUUUGGUUUUCCAAUGAUUCCAGUUGACUGGACGACCAUGGUAUGCACAAAAACAAAUGCUAAAGAAUCAAGAAAAGUGGCCAAGAUUAUGUAA